AAAUAGAUGGAAUAGCAGAGACGCGAUGUCCGGGGAUGUGCGUGCCUCCUGAUCUGCAAUUCUCUCCCUCCCCAUCUCCCUCCUCCUCCUCCUCCUCCUAUCUGCCUCUCUCUGUGUCACACAUGCAGCCGAGGGAGAAAGGGAAGCUGUUUAUGACCUGGCGCGCUGGUGUGUUUUGUUUUCCAUUAAUCCCCUCCUUUCGCCCAGUUUUAGUGGCACCGGAUCGAUGAACUCUUAAGGGCAGUGCCGUCGGAAUAGUAUCAAAUCAACACGCAUCGAUUCUUUACUGGAUAAAAAGGGCAAUCGGACGGGCGGACUGCGGUGAUCGCUCUCGGUUACCGUGCGCGCAUGCAGGCGGUCGGCGACGCACAAGCCUGGCUACACGUGUGCGCACCGGCGGCCGUCGCUCAACUUCAAACUCCAAACUCAUCUGGAUGUUGCUUUUGGCAGCUUGCAGAAAGCGGGCAGUGUGAGGCGGGACGUUUUUUUGGGGAUCAAGAUGAGGCUAGCAAUGUUUUGCUCCGGUGCCGUCUCCACACGUGGAUUGGGUCGCGUCCGCUCAAUGUGACAGGGGACGGGGUGUUUACGCAGCCACCGGCAGGCACCCGGAUUGCUCGAUAAGAAGCAGUCGACGCGCGGCGGAGGAGCCGGGCCGCCGGGUCGUCCUUGGCGGCGCUGGAGCGAACAGAGUCCAGGGGACACUGAGGAAUGCGGAUCCGAGAUUUGGACUUCUCCAGAUCACCUGCGGAACUCUUCGCAGCUCCCUCCAAAGUGCGUGUUCUUUUCCUCCCAAUGCGGAACAAUCACAACGCCAUAAGGGAAUAACCUUCAGUUUGGUCGCUACUUAACGAAAACUCCAGACUACUUUGUGCCGACCUUCGGUGAGCCCACCGGGCGCCAUGCUGAGGCAGAUCCUCCUCAACUCCACCGACUCCCCGGACUUCGACCUGAUGCUCAUGGCCCAGUCCACGACGCACGCCCCUUCCUCCCUGAACGCUUCCAACGGCGGCUCGGUGAGCGUGGCCGCCCUUCUUAGACCCACCACGGGGAGGGGCGGCGGCGGGGGAGGGGGGCUCCGGGAGGGCGAGCUGCACAAACCGGACCUCAUCACCUACAUAGUCAUGUGCCUACUGCUGUUCCUGCUGGUCCUCCUGAUUGUGUUCUUCAUCAACUGCCAGCUGCGAAACUCCUUCUUCGCCUCCAUGCCGUACGACAGGUCACUGAGAGAGGCCCGGACCUCCUACAAGUAACUCCCCAGAGGGACAAACCUCUGGUGCACGCUUGCUGGAUAAUUCCCCUUCAAUAUGAUCAUGCAUGAUAGAUGCUGCCCACAGGCCUGAAACUAGAAACACUUCAGAGUGCUGUGACAGCCGGGAAAGACAAAAGAGGGACUCCAGGAAUGACUAAUGACUGACGGGCCUCACCUCUCUGCUAGCCCAAAUAACGAAACGUGAAACAAAUCCCGUGAUUCACCCGCAGCCCUCUGCACAACGGAAGCCAAUUUAUUUUAUUUUCUCCAGGAUCCUCAUUCCAGUCAGUCGCUCCAGCAUUAACUCAUCCAACUGCUUACAAAUCUGACGUGGCGCCUGCACUUUGCAUCACAGAACUGAGCCCCGGGCCUGUUUUUCUUCACGAAAAACAUGGCUCGGAAUGUGUCAACACCCAAAAUACUGUUCCAGUCUGUACAAAAGUAUUUUGUAAUACUGUGACUCGACUGUCUUGUCUUGUGAGGCAAUUAGGAUACAAACAGAAACCUUUUUUUUUUUUUUUAUCUGUAAAAUGAUCAAAUGACAGAUUUUAGUGGCUAUAUAUUGUUGCAUAAGGAUACUGAAAUGUCUUCUGGGGUCUUUUCGGUUGUGUACCUGUGAGUGAAUAAUACAGGAUAAUACUGCUGAUGUGAAAGGCCGACUGUUGACCGUUUACUGCACCCACAGGGGUGGUUUGCAAGACCUAUCAAGCACCUUGGCUUUUUUAAUUAACUUCUCGUAGAUGAUUUUUUAGCAUCAUAACCAUCUUAGGGAAUGAGGACUUGCAGCUGAGUCCUGUGAGAUAAAGCAGACCAAAGUGUUGUCUUUUUCAUCGCCACCGGUGAUGCGCAAAUCCUUCCCAAUCUUGUUAUUGGGAAACAUAUCUCGCAUACCGCGACAGAUAAAAAUGAGCUCGUCUCUGUGAUCCUGUCUCUCUCACUGCGCGAGAGAUAAAGAGGGGAGGGGAGAUUAUGUGUGCUUACCAGUUUGUGUAUGUCUGAGUCAAAGUUAUCCAAGGAAUUAUACCUUGUCGUGUCCAACGCCGCAAAG